AUCUCACAACAAAUUUUCUUAUUAAUUUAUUGGAAAAAAAUAAUAUUGAUAUUGGAAAAAUUUGGUUUUUCAAAAAUUAUCAACAAUUUUCUAUCGAAUAUAAUAAUGAAAGAUUUUAUUUUGCUAUCCUUAAUAAAAAUAUCAAAGCUUUUAAAAAAAAUUGUGGUGAAUUAGUAGAAUAUUCUGAUUCAUUUAUCGAACAUGAACAUCUUCAUUUUUUAAUCAGUAAUAAAGGAUUUUCACAUCAU